AUGACUGAUACUAAUGAACCCACAAGAGCUCUAGAAAAAUUAAAGAACAAAUCGAUUGUAACGGCUACAAACGACGAAGAACACAACGAAGAACACGAACACGAAGAACAUGAAGAGGAUGACGCCGCUUAUGUAGGUGGUGGUGGUGAUUCUGAUAAUCAAACUCUCCAGCAAAUGGCCCCAUUUAGGGAGAGGCGAGGUAGAAAGACCAAGAUACAACUGUUACAUGGCCUCUUCAAAAAGGGGUAUCAUUCCGAUGCGAUUCGUCUACUCAAGCCCACUGCCGCACCAGCAAAAGUAUUGAAAGAUUGGCCUUUAUCCGGUGAAUGUGAGAGGUUCAAGAGAACUAUAGCCAACUCUGGAUUAGCUAGUGCUGCCGAGAACUCAAUGUUGGACCAUGAUCGGGUCGCGAUAUCGGCUUUUGUGGAGAGAUUGUAUCCCGAGACUGACACCUUUCAUAUGCCGUUUGUAGAGAUGGCCAUUAUUCCAUAUGAUACGAAGCAGAUUCUUAAUCUCAAUGACCAUGGUGUAGCUGUCAAGUAUGAGUACACAAAGCAGUUAACCUGGGAACAACUUUAUGAUUUGUGUAAAAAGUGUUUUGGUUGGGAUAAACAGACAACAGACAUUGAGUUCAACAUGUGCUCCUCUUACAAAACUAGACAGUUUAACAUGAGCCAGUUGAUCAAGCUGUUCAAAGGCACUGCCGAGAAAGAACAGAAAGGACCGUUAAGUGAUGCCGAAGUGGAUGCCGCGGCCACCGCCUAUCUCUUGGUUGUAUUGGGAUGUGUCAUAUUCCCCAAUACCAGUGGCAACCGAGUAGACGCCAACCUUCUACAACUAUUGCAUCCUCUCAAUAAGGUCACAGACUACUCUUGGGGCACGACAACCAUUGCAUUCUUGAUGGCAGAGUUGAGAAAAGCGCCGAGGCUUAGAACUAGCCAAAUUGCCGGGAACGUGAGUCUAUUCCAGACAUGGAUCUGUGACCACUACCCCGGUCUAGAAUUGGCAGAUGUGAACACAACGUGGGAGAGAGGUGCACCGAUAGGAACAAAGUACAUGUUCACAAAGAACCGUUCAAGGUCAAAGGAGCAGCAGUUGGUUAGCUUGAGGGAGAAAUUAGACUCACUUAAGGCCUUAGAGGUAUGCUUUGAUCCAUACAAGGAAGACCGAGCUAGUGGACAUAUAGCGCCUCGUUUCGAGUUGUUCCAUUAUUUUGGACCAUUGUGGCACCACACAGUACCAUGGCAUCACAUGAAUGGCAAGUUCAAGUUGGACUUGGAGCAUAGCGAGUCUAACCAGGACAACAUCAAGGUAGUUUACUCUGGUACACCAUCUGUUACUGAACAUUGGGAUAAGAGGGAGUACCACUUGCUGAACACUGGGAGAGCUAUCACCCGAGUGAUGAAAAUGCUCCAGGCUACAUGGAGUGGUACCGGGAGCAUUCACAUCUAA